CCGCAGAGGCGGCGACCCACCCCGGCAGGACGGUGAUGGUGGCUCAGGACUGGAUCUGCUCUCCUCGUUGGAAGGGAGAUCUCUAAUUUCGUUUCUGGGUGAAACCGAGAGCCACCGGCACAACCCCACGUUCAUUUCUCGUGGUUAACAUCAAAGCCUCGAUCCCUUGGCCGGGCUCAGCUCUGCUCCAGGAGCACCUUUCCCUCGCCGUUUGCCUGCUGAAGCCCCCGCUACCCGCCCAGGCAGCGCAAUGAAGAUCGUGCUCGCCAAGGUGCUGUGCCUGCUGGGCAUCUGCGUCCUCAUGCUGGCCGGCUCCCUCCUCCCCGUCAAGAUAAUCGAGGCAGAUUACGAGAAGGCUCAUCGCUCCAAGAAGGUCAUCGCCCUCUGCAACUCCUUUGGAGGAGGGCUCUUCCUGGCCACCUGCUUCAACGCCUUGCUGCCGGCCGUGAGAGAAAAGCUUGAUGAAGUUCUUAAGCAGGGGAACGUGACCACGGACUACCCCGUGGCUGAGACCAUCAUGAUGGUUGGCUUCUUCGUCACGGUCUUUGUGGAGCAGCUCGUCUUGACCUUCCAGAAGGAAAAGCCCUCCUUCAUUGACCUGGAGACCUUCAACGCCGGUUCCGAUGUCGGGAGCGACUCAGAAUACGAGAGCCCCUUCAUAGCCUCGUCCCGCGGGCGCACGCUGUACGGCGAGCACGGCCACCGCUCCCACGGCCUCAACGUGCAGGAGCUCUCCCGCUCCGGCCCCUUGCGGCUGGUCGGCCUGGUCUUCGCUUUGUGCACGCACUCCAUCUUCGAGGGACUGGCCCUGGGCUUGCAGGAGGAAGGUGGCAAAGUCCUGAGCUUGUUCCUGGGCGUUGCCAUCCACGAGACGCUGGUGGCGGUGGCGCUGGGCAUCAGCAUGGCCAAGGCCUCGCUGCCCAUGAAGGACGCGGCGAAGAUGGCCGUGACGGUGAGCCUGAUGAUUCCCCUGGGCAUCAGCAUCGGGAUGGGGAUCGAGAGCACCCAGAGCGCCGCCAGCAACAUCACCUCGCUGCUCCUGCAAGGCGUCGCGGGGGGAACUUUCCUCUUCAUCACCUUCUUUGAGAUCCUGGCCAAGGAGCUGGAAGACAAGAACGAUCGCCUGCUGAAGGUCCUGUUCCUGGUGCUGGGCUACGCCGCGCUGGCGGGGCUGGUCUUCUUCAAGUGGUGAGGACGGGAGCGGAGGGGACCCAACCUCACCUCCUUCCCCUUGCGGCCGGCCCCGAGACCAGCCUGCUGUCAGCCAAGGGGGGGACGCUGAAGCUUGACGGCCCCGUGAAACAUCCCGGUCCAGGAGGUGUUUCGGUACUGACCCGGAGGAGGAGAAUUUCCUCCUCUGUGCUCGGAGGGAGAGAAAAAAAAACGGGGAGCGUCCCAGCGGGGGUGCCACGAGGCGCUGCCCCUGCCCCUCGGGGCUGCGGGUGCAGCAGCCUGUGCAGAGAUUACUGGAAACAAACACGGCGAGGCUGGUUCUGAGGCUGCCUUCACGGAGCUCGUCGGGCACGCCGCCGUUUCCUGUUGAUCUGCACAGCCCCCUCCCUCCCUCCCUCCCCUCGCGCCCCUCGCAGAAACUCCGGCUGAGCCUCAGCUUCCUUCGCACCCAGGCUCUGAGGAGGUGAGAAACCGUGACCGAAAUCAAGCCGGAGGCAGGUGGGAUGGCGGCUCGCACAGCUGCACUAAGCCGCUUUGGCUAGCUUAGUUUUGAGCAAAACCUGGUUGUAAUAGCUGC